GCCUGCAGGUGGCGGCGGAACCGCGCUCCGCCCCGCGGGCCCGGGCCUGCGCCGUGCGGCCGGGCCGGGCCAUGACGGGCGAGGCCGUGCGGGAGCUGCUGCAGCGGCUGCGGGCACUGCAGAGCGAGCGGGUCGAGACCUAUCGGCUCUUCGAGGAGGGCCACCGGGCGUACCUGAGCAGUGCCCCCCACUAUGACUUCCCGCGUUACCGGCAGCUGGUGCACGAGGUCACGGUGGCCUUCAGCGGCAUCUCCCGGGAGGUGCUGGGCAUCGCCGGCCGCCUGCGGGACGAGCUCGGCCGCCCCGAGCUGGCCCAGCACCUGGCCCGGCUCCAGGAGCGGGAGCAGGAGAAGCUGCAGCUGACGGCGCGGCUGCAGCUGGCCCAGCAGCAGGCACAGGAGCAGCCCGAGGUGGACGCCCAUCAGCAGGAGGUGCGGGAGCUCAAGCACAAGCUAAUUAAAACCAUUGAGGCAAUCAGCGAAAUUCUCCAGGACCUGAAGUACGAUUCAGAAGAAGUUGAGUGAUGGGUGUCCCCGUGGGAACGGCUGGAGGGGCCGGGCCGGUGGAACGGGGGCCCCGCUCAUCCCCCACCCGCUCCCGGUGCACCUUGGCAAGGUGGGCAUUGUCCUCUGCGCCCCUUUUCUGGAGCACAGGCUGGAAGGGGUGGGCAAGCUCCCUCUGGGACAAGUGGGCUCCCCCUAAAUCCUGAGUAUCCCCCAGCAGAGGGGUCCGGCGUGGGGCUGGUUCCCCUUCCCGGCAGUGCCGGGGCUGUGCCAAAGGCAAACCACACCCUGCAGUGCCAAGGGGCUGCCGUGCUUGGCUCCCAUCGAGCUGGGCACUGUCCCUGCUGCCAGCUGGAGUCCCAUGGGCAGCAGCCCCCCCAAAACCACAUCUUGGAGACCGGCUGUGCCCCCAGCCCCGCUGCAGCUCCGGUGCUCCACACGCGCUUUUUCUAGGCUCACCCCAAAUAAACCUGUCCCCAC